AUGGAUUUUACAAAAACAUCUGUAAGAUUUUUCUUUGUCUUAAUAUUGACAAUUUCGUCAUCUAACGUCAACAUUUUGGCCAAACCGGCAAUCGAUCAAGCAAGUUACAAUUGCAUUGGGCCAUGUAUGAGAUUUUACGGAAAUAUGAAAUGUUACAAUGACUGCAUAAGUAAACAUUACGACGGAGGACAGUGUGAUUCAACAAGAGGUGGAAAGUUUCCACAAUGUUGUUGCUAUAAUUAUAAAAAUUGA